GGCUUCGAAAAGGGGCCGUAAAACUGAACACCGGAUAAUACUUCUAUACUAUCAACUCUACGUCACCCUCUUUUCAUCAUCCACAAAACCCAAAAUCCGAGAAAUACACUAUCCAGACAAUGGAUUUUGAUCAACUUCUAUUCUUUGAGCAUGCCCGUAAAAUCGCUGAAGAUAACUACGCGGCUAACCCUCAAGAUGCCGACAACUUAACAAGAUGGGGCGGCGCCUUACUGGAGUUGUCUCAGUUUCAAAGCAGUAAUUCCGAUGCCAAGAAGAUGGUCAAAGAUUCUAUUACGAAGCUGGAGGAGGCAUUGAUGAUUAACCCCAAGAAGCCUGAUGCUGUUUGGUGCCUGGGAAAUGCUUAUACUUCACGUGCACUUUUAACUCCGGAUCAAGAAAUGGCAAGAGUUGAUUUUGAUCGAGCAUCUGAACACUUUCAGCAAGCUGCUGAUGAUCCUGGGAACGAACUCUAUCGAAAAUCCUUGGAAAUGGCUGCGAAGGCUUCUGAGCUACAUAAAGGGAUGCAUGAGCACGGUUUUGCUCAGCAGGCAGUGGAAACUUCUGGAUCUUCUAUUUCAUCUGGUACAAAGAACCAAAAGAUAAAGCAGAGCAGUGAUCUGAAGUAUGACAUAUUUGGAUGGAUAAUUUUGGCAGUUGGCAUUGUUGCAUGGGUGGGAUUUGGAAACCGCACCCACCACCUCCUUCUCAAUCAGCCCUUCAAUAAGUCAAUCAUUUGAAUUGAUGCAGAAUUCUUUCAAUCAUGGUUUUGGUUCUUCUUGUUCACUUGUGGGCCCCUUUUAUCGCAUAAUAUAUGCUUCGCCAGCUAAUCGUUUGCUCAUCGACCAUAGGAACAUUUUUCUAUUUGGAUUCAAUCAUGCAGCCUAUCCGUCAAGUAGAUGUUUCCAAGUAUUGAGAGAAAACCAGCAGCACUGGCGUCGAAAUGUGUACAUAUACACCCCCCCCCCCCCAAAA